AGGGCGUGCUUUUUUUGUAUCACCUGAGAAAAAGAGAGACGGUUGAGUUGAGUCUGAGUCUGAGCCUGAGCCUGUCUGAUUCGCCUUUUCAAAGACAAAUAUGAAAACCCCACAAACACAAACCCACCCACUUGGCUUUCUUUAACAUAUUAAACCCACUUCACUAAUAACUCAAACUUGUUUACGUUUCUAUUUACUUUGACAUUCUUCUUUUCCUUCAUUUUUCAUCUUCACACAUGGGUCGACCCCCCAGCAAUGGAGGCCCCGCCUUCCGCUUCACUCAGACUGAGGUCAUGGAGAUGGAAGGUAUUUUGCAAGAACACCACAAUACAAUGCCAUCUCGUGAAAUUCUUGUAGCUCUUUCAGAGAAGUUCAGUGAGUCCCCAGAAAGGAAGGGAAAGAUCAUAGUGCAAAUGAAGCAGGUUUGGAAUUGGUUCCAAAAUAGGCGGUAUGCAGUAAGGGCAAAAACAGGUAAAGCUCCAGGAAAGUUAAAUGCAACACCUGUGCCACAUGAGGAUCCUACUCCAUUAAGGAAUGUUCCUCAACCUGUAGCUGCUCCAAUUCCUGCUUUUGUGCCUGCUUCGAUGCCUGCUUCUGUGCCAGUUUCUAAUGCAGGGAGAGUUGCAUCAGAAAAUACUUCUAUGGAAUUUGAAGCUAAAUCUGCAAGGGAUGGUGCAUGGUACGAUGUUGCAGCCUUUCUAGCCCAUAGAAAGUUAGAGUCAAUUGAACCGGAGGUACAGGUUAGGUUUGCUGGUUUUGGACCAGAGGAGGAUGAAUGGGUUAACAUAAAAAAGCAUGUCAGACAACGUUCUCUCCCAUGUGAAGCAUCUGAAUGUGUUGCUGUUCUCCCUGGAGAUCUCAUACUCUGUUUUCAGGAAGGAAAAGAUCAGGCUCUUUACUUUGACGCCCAUGUACUCGAUGCACAACGACGAAGGCAUGAUGUAAGAGGCUGCCGCUGUAGGUUUUUGGUGCGCUAUGAUCACGAUCAGUCUGAGGAGAUUGUGCCUCUCAGAAAAGUUUGCCGUCGGCCUGAAACUGAUUAUAGGUUGCAGCAACUUCACGCUAUGAAUGACUCAGGCUUUGCCGACCAGCAGAAAAGUUGUGUAAAUCUUUCCACAGCCAGUGCUCCUAGAGUUGUAAGUUCAUCUGCUGAAAUUGUACAGAAGCAGGGCGACGCAAAUAUAGCCCCGGUGGCUACCCCAGUAUCUGUGGCCAUCCAAAGUACAACAAUGGAACCCAAAAGCACUGGAGGUAGCAGCAGUAUUAAUGUCAGCAACCCUGCUUUUCCAUCUAGUGCUGUUAGUGCCGCCAUUACAACUGCUGCUCCUGGUGGCCCUGUUGGAAAAAUGUAAGAUUCCAUGUAGGUUUAUUCGACAGUUCUGUGAUUUCUUCUUUUUAGUGAUUACACAGGAUUUUCAUUUUCAGAUGAGUAAGAUUCUGGUUAGGUUAGCCUUUUGUUCAACUUAUACCAUUCAUUUCUCUCAACACAUGACAACUGGAUAUUUGUGAUUCUGGGGUUUGCCGGUUUUGAAGGACAGUAUUUGGCCUUGUAAUUUCUGCAAUUUGGAAUGUAAGAGUUGCAACCUGGAUUGCUGAACUUACAUUAUGAUUCAUGAAAUGUAUUUUUUGUUUUGUA